GUCAGCUUGUGCUGUAGAUGAAGAAAGAACUGCUGAUGGACCACUUUCUCCUAGUUUAAGCAUUCCUCUUCCUCCGUUAGAAUUAACUACACAAGAACAACAAGAAUUGGGAUAUCUUCCAAAUAGAGAUGACUUUGAAAAGGAAUAUGAUAAUGAAGCAGAAUCUUUGACAUCAAAUUUAGUAAUCAAUAAUGAUGAUGAUGAAGUUGACACAGCUCUAAAGCUUGCUUUAAUUAGCAUUUACACAACCAGACUAGAAGAAAGGUUAAAAAGGAAAAAGAUAGCUAGAGAGUUUGGACUAGUCAAUCAGUUUUUCAGUUCCUCAAAUAAACAAAAAUCUCAAAAUCCUCGGAAGAAAUCUUUCAAAGAUGAAAGAGAACUUCAGGAAAGAAUGCAAGUUUUUUGUAGAUUCCAAACAGCUUAUGAACAUGAACAAUUAUUCAGGGAUCUUCAAAGGGAAAAAGAAUUACAUCUUAAAAUAAAAGAGCUUUUCAAAUAUAGAAAAAAUGGUCUGACAAAAUUACAAGNAUCGAUCAACGUGGGAUAUAGAACAAAAACAUCACAUUCAUGA